AUGGCGGGUGCUGAACAAUCGCGACUGAGCCGAGCCACGGACGGAUACGACUUCGUCGUGGCCACCACUCAGGCAAGUCUCAACUCGGGCUUGAAGGAAUUCCUCGAUAAAACUGAUCAGCCAACUACCCAUGCCUGCUUAAUCAUGAAUGCUCAAGGCACCGGGCUCGGUGAGGCCUUGACUUUGGACGCUCUUCUGCAACGUACUGAUGGUGUCAAUCCCUUCACGAUCCCUCACGGGACGUCCCCAACGGAUCCAAGGAUCCAGAAACUGACCGGGGCAAGAUUUGCCGUCGGGUUACAAUUCCAAAUUGGUCUCCCUGGCCCACCAUUGAGUCUGCCCGAUGUCAUCGUGCUGGAAAAUGACGCGACCAACGUCAUAUUCCGCCUCAUGUGCUCACAAUUUGCCAUUGUUGUCAACACACCGCCAGGGGGUUGGAGUGAAGGAUCCUGGGAUGUGUACAAGCAAAGCGACAAGGUCGACGGCAAGAGCCAAACAUGGAUCUUUGAGACAACCGUCAAUCUUCGCAGGGCGGAUUUGCCCAAAAAUCUCGACACGCCCUAUUACAACAGCCAUCCCGAGGAAAAGCAAGCGAUAUUACGCGCCCUCGCCAACCUAUCGGGCACGGCCUUUAGCUUGCAGCAGCUCCUAUUCGACCUGGACAGUACAAUCGUGCAAAAGCUGCCAGAGAUCAAGGGCAUCGACCGCGGGGGGCCUGCCUACGAAGCCCUCAGCAAGUAUUUCAGGGAUUUCUACAUCAACGAAGCCAAAAAGAACGGCUGGCCAUUGUUAGGAAUCACUGCUGUCGCCCAAGAAAAUGACCCGUCUACUUUUGCCUUGACAGAAUAUGAAAGACAAGUCACGAUAAGUAAGGAGGAUCCCAUCGCCAGCACACUCGAUAAUGUCUGUGUAGUCAACAAUCACAAAAUGCCACCGAAAUAUGACUUUGACUGGAACUGGGUGACCAAGAGCCAGGUUAGCCAGAUUGAUGGCGUAUUGAGCAUGAACAGAGCCGUCCUGUCCAAAGUCUUUGCAGACCAACUGCUUGAAUUAAACCCCGAGUGGUGUUGUCAAUUUUCCGGGUAUUUCUCUCGCUCGAUGCCACCAAGCUUUGGAUGGGUGGUGUUUGAGCCUGCCAUUCCCGAAAAUUUCAGUGUGAAGCCAGGGCCCGAUGAGAGUGCAUUACAAAUCGAGUAUCGCUUUGACGUGGACAGUGUCCGAGAGACGGUCGAUUUUCACGCUGAAGGAUUCGUGGGCUCAGAGCUAUAUACCUUGACGCUCUCGUUCAAGCAAAAGUAUGUAGUGCUUGAACACAGCAUCUCGUUCAAGAUCAAAGGGGUGAGGGGCUACGAUACCAAACAAGGCGAAUUGAAAGUUGUCGUGACGGACAAUUACGAGCUCUGGGUGGAUGCAGCAGGCAGUGUACGCUUGAAGCAAAUAUCCGGAACGCCCGAGGUUGUUCACAAGUUAAACCCGGACGAAUGGGACAAGUACAAGAUGAAGACGGGGGUCCAGCAGAUGGUUGACUUUGCGAAAAUGAUUGAGGAUACGUCAUUGAUAGAUGACGGGCAGUUUCGUCAACUCCAAAGCUUUGUCUACCCAGGAUCCAAGGUCUUUACCUUUACAAACGCGCGAUUCUCCAACUACCAAGACAUGAUAUGUGACCUGCACUACCUGGCGCCAGCGGGAAACAAGGGAAAAAGCAUCAUGGAAGCCUCCAAGGGUCUGAAGAUUGCCCAUUCAUCCGAGUUGAUGGAGAACUAUCUCCAGGCAGAGGUGCUGACGCCGACGGGUCAUUUCGAGGCGCUGCAGUCCGAGAAUGAGAACGGCUACGGCUUGGUCUUCGCCAUUGAUUCUCAGGGUACCUUUUUCGGAUUGCAAGAGUGCAGCGGGGAGACGGCCACAGGAUGGAAAAGACACGAUCUCUCGAGGGUGACCCUGCAAAGGCACUUUGCGCCUGAAGACAAGGCGGCGGUGCGGACGUUUGGCGUUGGACAGAGUCCAAUCGACGGCUCCAUCGGCAUGGCCAUGGGGAUAGAUUCCGGAGGUAUUGAUUGCCUUUACGUGUCGCUCGAAAACAGCAGCUCCAACCUGUCCUGGAUCAAGAACCCGAGAUGGACUGCGGUUCCAUUUGAUGGGACCCUGGACGGCCAAGGCUUCAGAAUAGCCAAGAUCAUGUUCUCGGAGACGUACUACAAUGUUCAGUACCUUACAGUCGACAUCGACACGGGUGUCGGUGGCCAUCAGAUUGUGCGUUACCACAUUAACUUGGACAAGCCGACAGGACCAGCCUGGGUCAAACACGAUCUCCCCAUCGACCUCGAGCGUGGCACCUACCACAGCGUCGUUGGGCGCAAGCGAGCAGAAAAGGUUGACGGCAUCUACACAUCAGGAAAUGCUGCCGGAGGAGCCCAGCUCAUAUACCAACCUGUCGUCAACCUCUACAGCGAGCACACGUCCCCGACUCCCACCAGGCUCAAAGUGCCCAACGGAGUGCCGCCAACGGCCAUUGCCACGGUCCGAAACACGGACAACUCCAGCAAUCUAUUUGAAACUACAGACCUGUACGUGAUUGCUGGGAGAAACCUCUACCGUUAUCCCGCCGACAGACAGACCAACGAUGCCGUCGGAGACCUCCUCCUCGAAGAAGACAUCUUUGAAGGAACCAACAUCCUCUAUGCCAUGCAGUUUGAAGGCGUGGUUACACUGUGGGGGAGAAAUGCCGACUCGGAGGUCUAUUACGUCUCGUGCUAUGCAGACGAGGUCAUGGAUCCCUCCAACUGGAGCGUGCCCAUGCCUAUUCUUUCCGAUGCGUCGCACAUCUCGCCAUACCUCAACCGCGUCGACGGGGGAAACACCAUCUUUGCAUACACGGAAGACCGAUUGACUUGCUUCACCCAGGCCACGAACACGACGGCAAAGACAUGGAAACCCCAUCACAUUCAGCUGGAUCCGGUGCCCAAGCCGCAGCCGGAGCCCGCCAAAAGCUUCAUGUCGUACACAACGACGAUUACUGUCCUCGAUGCCAAUGACCAACCAGUGGAUGAUGUCAAGCUCUCUCUCUGGGCCGACUCCCACACCCCGGCCUAUAUCAACGGCCAGUACUAUGUACUAGGGAAGAAAGAGGUCCAAGUGGCCACAGAUUCAGCCGGCCUCGUUACCGUUGUCGAGGCGGCCGAGGAUGCAUACGGAGCCAUCCUGAGCGUGUGCAUCCCGCAGGACAGUGAGACUGUCGUCAUCAACCCAAUGGACAAGGCCUUUGGCAGGGUCAGAGAUCUCGACGACGCCAAUAAAAUCCGCCAAGCAUCGUACUCUGCCAACGUGGUAGCAGGGGGUGCCCUAGAUGAUAGUCAGCGGCCAUUGAUCGACGCCAGCACUCCGCAGCAGGAUGUCGACAGCGCAGCCAAAAGCAUUGCCCAUUUUAAAGAAGCGUACGGCGAGGUCAACCCGCCGGCAAGGACAUCAAGACUCUUUUACAGACAAGAGGCUCCGCGAGUUGUGCGCAGGGGCCGCGGCCAAAAAGGUCCCGACAAUGUCUGGAGUUUUUGGUCGGCGGUCGGCGACGUGUUUCGAGCAGUCAAGAAUGCCGUCAAGAAGGGCGUCGAAAAGCUCAUCGAAGUGAUAAAGGACGCGGCCUCCAAGACGUUCAAGUUCAUCGCCAAGAUCGCAGGCAAGGUCUACAACGCCGUGCUCGACGCCGUCGAUGCCAUUGUGGGCGCUGUCGUGUGGGUAUUCGAGCAGAUCAAGACGGCAGUCGAAAUCGUCGUCCGCUUCAUCCAGUUCCUAUUCCGGUGGGAGGACAUCAAGCGCACCAAGAAGGCGUUGCACAACAUUGCAAAGUUAUAUCUCAAGCACCAGGUCGGUCGGAUCGAUCAGGCCAGAGUUGAAUUUGGGGGCCACCUGGACGCGGUGGGAGAUAAAAUCAGAGACUGGGCUGGAAUCAAAGAUUGGUCCUCGCUGGGCGCUGCGGCCGACUCACCACCCGAUUCUAGCGGCCGAGAUACCCUCACUGGACACAAUUCUUCGUCGCUUUUAUUUGCGAAUCAUUUCAGCAGACAGGCCAAGAACAUUCAGGUGAAGAGCGUCUUGCCGGAUGUGAAUAGUCAUGCCGAGGCAGAUGGGCUGAUUCAAGUGCUCUUGGACGCAAUUUCUGACCAAGGCGAGGUCUUGUCGAGAGUGUAUGAAGACCUUCAGACGUUGGCGUCUAAAUUCAAGAGCCUCAGCGUGGGGGAGAUAAUCAAACAAAUCGCGGGUAUCCUGGGUUCAGCGCUCGUGUCAUCCGUCAAGGUGGUUGUGGACGCCUUGUUCCGUGUUCUAGCAAGUCUCGCCAACUCUGCGCUCGAUUUGCUCGAUGUGAAACUACACAUCCCCAUCAUCUCCGAUAUCCUCAAUGCGAUUGGUAUUCCAGACAUUUCCUUCAUGGACCUCUUCACUUGGAUUGGGGCGGUUGGCUACACGGUUGUGUACAAGAUGAUAAACAACCGCGCACCGUUCCCGGAUACUAGCGAUGUCCGAGCCAUCAUCUCGGCCAACUCUUGGAGUGAUUUGGAGGCCAUUUUCAAAAACCAGCCAGCCAGUGAAAUGGACACGGACCGAUCCGGGGACAAGGACCCUUUCAAAGCAUUAUCGACUUUGCAAAAGGUCGUCCACGGCGCCGGUCAUGGCGUGUCCGGCUUUGUCUUGUUCGUGGCCACGUUUGCUAGCAGUGCCGAAGCCCUUUACUUGACAGGGUCUAAUCCAUGGGGCACGCCUUCAACCGUGUUGGGGGUUAUCGUGGCCGCCUUGCAAGGGGGCGCCGCGUUUCUCGCACCUCGACACCCUGUUGAGAACACUGCUGUCAAUGCCGUGUCCACGGCCACAACAACAGUCGGCAUCGUAAGUGGGCUACUGUUUAGUGGUCCUGUCCAGGAGAAACUGAAGGUCUCGAGCAGCAAGUUCAAGGGCCUGGCAGUGAAUGACGGGCGAGCCACCAGCGCAAUUGUCAAGUCCGUCUUGACCAUCCCAGCUCUCUUUGUAACUGGCUGGCACUUUUAUGAAUUGAGCCAAAAGUCAGCAGGCCAGGAGCGCUCGGCGGCUAUUAUUGGCGAGGUGACCAACAUAGCAGCGUAUACUUCAACAGUGUCCUAUGCCGUUGCAGUCAAUCUCAAGGACCCUCCCAGCAAGGUAAUCCCGGUUGCUAUCAUGGCAGCAGCAAAUGCUACUGCGGGUGGGUUGCAGACGGCGCGAUCGGCUCUCGUAGGUUGA